UAUAGAAAUUCUAAAAAUUGGAUUUUCAGAGAAGAGAGGUAGAAUUUGAAUGACUGGUUUAAUUCCUGGGCUCUUCCUCCUUUUUAAGUACAGGAUAAUUCUUUCUCUAUAAAAAUCUUGUGUCUUAGUUCCAGAUGGGCUCUUUGUGGUAAGCAUGGAGGACACAUAGAAGGCCCCGGGGGAUGUGCUUUCUUCCCCAGAUCUUUGCCCUGUAUUAGGUUUUAGUUGAGCAAAAAUGAGUAGUUUUUCUGGUGUUCGGACUGCUCUGUGGGGUGAAAAAAACCUUUUUUCUCUAUUUUUGUGGUUAUAUGUGCUAUCAUAUGUCUGAUUUUUUUCCUCCCAAAGUUUCCCUGGAACCUGGGCUCUUGGAGACGCAGCGCUGGAGCAGAUGGAUAAUGGAGACUGGGGCUAUAUGAUGACUGACCCAGUCACGUUAAAUGUAGGUGGACACUUGUACACAACGUCUCUCACCACAUUGACGCGUUACCCGGAUUCCAUGCUUGGAGCUAUGUUUGGGGGGGACUUCCCCACAGCUCGAGACCCUCAAGGCAAUUACUUCAUUGAUCGAGAUGGACCUCUUUUCCGAUACGUUCUCAACUUCUUAAGAACUUCAGAGUUGACUUUACCCCUGGAUUUUAAGGAAUUUGAUCUGCUUCGGAAGGAAGCAGAUUUUUACCAGAUUGAGCCAUUGAUUCAGUGUCUCAAUGACCCUAAGCCUUUGUAUCCUAUGGAUACUUUUGAAGAGGUUGUGGAGCUGUCUAGUACUCGGAAGCUUUCUAAGUACUCCAAUCCAGUGGCUGUCAUUAUAACCCAAUUAACCAUCACCACCAAGGUCCAUUCCUUGCUAGAAGGCAUCUCAAAUUAUUUUACCAAGUGGAAUAAGCACAUGAUGGACACCAGAGACUGCCAGGUUUCCUUUACUUUUGGACCCUGUGAUUAUCACCAGGAAGUUUCUCUUAGGGUCCACCUGAUGGAAUACAUUACAAAACAAGGUUUCACGAUCCGCAACACCCGAGUGCAUCACAUGAGUGAGCGGGCCAACGAGAACACAGUGGAGCACAACUGGACUUUUUGUAGACUAGCCCGGAAGACAGAUGACUGAUCUCCAACCCUGAGAGAAGUUUCUGGAAACUGACUCUCCAGAAAAUGGAAGAGACUGAUUUUUUUUUUAAAUCACAGUGUGAGAUUUUUUUCUUUUAAAUAUUUGUAUUUAUUUGAAGGCAGUGAGGACCAGAAGGAAGUUUUGUGCUUUAGCAGACUCCUCCAUGUUUUGUUCCCUUCACCCUGAGUAUGCAUGUGCCUGUUCAGAGUCUCCAGAUACCUUUUUUAUAAAAAGAAGUCUGAAAAUCAUUAUGAUAUAUAAUCUACCCUUAACAGAGCUUUUUUUAUUACAGUGCUAAAAUGAUUUCUGAUAAAAUGGUCCCUAACUUAACUAGAAGGCUAAAAAUACAGGAAUGAAAGAAUAAGCAGAGUACUCUUGAUGCCUUUGAGAAAAAUCAAAACAUCAUGUAGGGUGACCUAGUUUCCAAAACAAUAAGUAGUAUUGUAAUAUUAAAGGAAAACUGUUCCAAUCAUUUAAAAGUACUUAUUAAGUACUGCUUUUUACAGUUAUGACAACUGUUUCUUUCUGUGCAUAUAAAUCAAGCAACCAAAUAUCUGCAGGCAUGGAAAUGUCUGAUUAGAAAUAUUUAUAUUGGAUUCUGAAUACAAAAUGUUCCUGUGGUAGAAAUCGUCUUAUGCCUGGUGCAGUAUAAUUCCUAAGUGUACUGUUGACCAGAAAAAAAAACCACCUAAUAAAAAAUGAAAU